GGAGCCACAGACACAACUUUAAGUCAGGGUACAGGUAUCGAGCAGCGAACCCCUGGAUCAGAGCUGACACCUUUUUAUCCUCCUUCUUCUUCUCCCUUCUGCGAAAGAGGUACAGCAUGUCCGAAAUGCUCGACGACAUCUUCAGGAAGAACUUCCUGAACUCCAUGGACGAAGCCAUUCUUGCCACACAGCCUCAACUCAAAGUCCCAGGGCAGAGUCGCCUGAAGCGGUCGCCCUCCCUCUUCGACCCCCCCUCCCUUCCCGAGUCCUCCAGCCACAGCUUGAGCAACGAGCACGUCAACGGUGAUGACAGCGGCAGCCCCUUCUGGCAGUCAAACAUCUGGAGCCAGGCCCCCAUCUCCAAACCCAAGCAGCCGCCCUUCAGGCCCGACCGCUCCAUGAGCCUGACGGAGUCCAGCAGCACCCUGCUCUCCUCGUUCGCACAGCUGAAGAACCUGGAGGCUUUCCCCUUGGGUCCUGCGACGACUGUGGCCCCCCCGCCGGGCUUCCCUCCAUCGUCCUCCUUUUUGGCCCAGAUCCAACCAACGCUGUCCUCUAACCGUUACAAGACUGAAUUGUGCCGCGGCUUCCAGGAGACCGGCAGCUGCAAGUAUGGCAGCAAGUGCCAGUUUGCCCACGGUGAGGAUGAGGUGAGAGGACUUAACCGCCACCCCAAGUACAAGACGGAGCCGUGCAGAACCUUCUACAACUUUGGCUAUUGCCCCUACGGCUCACGUUGCCACUUCAUCCACGAGGAGAAAAUCAAUGGAGCUCCGUUUCCCUCCAAAUACGCAAACCAGCGUCAGCCAAAUCCUUCAUGUCUCAGUGGUCAGAAUCCACGCCACCAGCUCCGACAGAGUGUCAGUUUUGCUGGCUUCCUGGAGUCUUCACGCAGCUCAUCUCCUCCAUCCUUCCCUUCAUCCUUCAACGAUCUGAACCUGGGCUUCAGCCGUGCUGCCUCUGUUUCUCCACCUCCCGCUGAUCUCCUCUCUCCAGUGUUUGCCGACUCCCCUGCAAUGGGUGCAGCAUUCCAGUUUGGCAACCACCAGACCCGAGCCAGCGCCGGAGACAUCCACAGCAUUCCUAUCAUCCAGGAGCCAAAGGCCUCGCGCUGUGUGUGUGGCCAUGGGAAUAACUUUAACAACAGCAGCAACAACAGCAGAGGGUUUGGCAACAUGGAGGCUGACGGGCACCAGCAGGACAGCAACACGCUGUUUCCUGGCUCUGGAGGCCACGGGGCCUUCACCAAGCCUGCUGCACUCCAGCGUUUCUCCUCUGAGGACUCCCUGGAGGACAGCUACAGCAGCUCCAGCGGAGGUUCCAGCGGAGGCUCCAGCGGAACCGAGUCCCCAACGUUUGACGGCUCAGCCACCAAGAGGCUCACUGUGUUCGAACGCCUGUCCCUGUCUGACUAAGAGGACGCGAAGGGAAAGAGCAGAAGAGAACUGUCUGGACUUUCUUCAGAACCAGAUCUAAUCGGGACAAGUCAGCUUUAGAUGACACAACAACACUUAAAACAUCUUAAUUUAUCUUUGCAAAAAUGGACAAACUACAAAUACUGAGAUUAGUACCCAAAUCUUUUCAGUCUCUAUUUUUAUACUUAAAAAAGCCUAUCAGACCUAUGUAUGUGGUCUUCCAUAAGAGCUAACUCCUCUGCAGGUCCGGACAGCACCAGUAAAUAGUCUGGUUUGUAAAUUGUUGAUUAAUUCCAGUGCCUUAAUGAUAAUACUUGCUCUCAGUGCCACAAACAGUAUGUUUGAUUCUGUAGCCUUAAUCAGUGAGACCUGAAGUGUGUCAUUGAUCCCAUUUUUAUCUGUGAUAUGCACUUUACAGCUGAUUCAAAUGGGAGAAACUGUCAAAUCUCCCAGUAGCAUUCAACCAAAGCUUCAUACUUCACUCUGCCUGUGUGUAUGUCUGUGCGUGUGUCUGUGUAUAUGCAUGUGAGGCUGUGUGUGUGUAACCAUUUUUCUAAAUCGGCCUGGGGUGCACGAGUAAAUGAAUGAAUGCUUAAAGAUCAAAAUAGUAAAAUGAAUGUCAGUGAGUUUAGAGUUAAAUAUUAGUCAAAGUCAGAAUCCUGACUUAUUUUUAUUCGAUUUCCUCCUGUAAAACGUUCUGUUGUCUAAUUUGUGCGCUGCACCCCGUCCCCCUGUUUGUUUGAAAACCUGGUUCAGGGACUUUUAACACCACAGUAUUCCUUUUGGUUAUUGGUUGCCUUGUGUUGUUUAACUUAAAAACUAAUAUAUUUAUUAUGAUAUUUAUUUGUGUUUAACGAAUAAAAAAAAUGUAUUUUGUACUUUAUUUAUGGAGAAAUCUUUCAAGGUCUGUGAAAUACCAAUGUGAGUGGGGACAAAAGCAGUUAAAAAAGAGAAUCUUAUAUUUUUAAUUGCCUGAAAGGGACAAAAAUAAAAUCUGAAUGUAUAAAGAAAUGAAA